UCAAUGAAGUUAUCUUGAUUGAUAUUUUGAAAUUAAAAUAAUGUGCAAUUAUAUUUUCUAUUAGUAAUAUAAGACAAUUUCACCGAGAAAUACGCCUUAUAUAUAUAUAUAGAUUAAUAAAUAACCCAAUCUUGUACAAAAUAUGAAAAUAAAAAUCACUUUGGAGAUCGUCUCGCUGAAGACCAGGCCACAAUGGUUAUAUAGUUCUUCCAUAUAUAAAGCUAUAUAUUUUCCGUCUAUCUUUUCUGCAUCUCUUCUCAUUCUUAACAAUAGGAAACUGCAAUUCUUGUCAUUUUUUUUCCCGGAAGCCAAAAAUGGCUGCUUCUCGGAAACCAGCUUCACUUUCAGUGUCUUCUUCAUCCCCUCUUCCAGACCCUUCUCGAACCUUCAAUUCUCCACAACAUACACCACACUUUUCUCUCUCCUCUGAUCAAUUUCAGUAUUGUUCUCGUGCUCUCGACUUUCUCCGGAACAAAUGGGAAGACCCUCUUAUCAUUCAACGCGAAUUUGAUUCUCUCGAGGAAAAAAGAAUAAGAUCAUCUGACAUGAGAAGACUCUGCACAGUGGCACGUGAUCCUGUAAAUUUGAGUAAAAAUCGCUACACGGAUGUCUUACCAUUCGACAGCACCAGAGUUGUUUUGAGCUCAUGUAAGGACUAUAGACCAUCAGCCCAGGGUUACAUUAAUGGAAGCUUUGUAAAGAGUCCAGCAGAAAGUGCUGCUCAGUUUAUAGCCACACAGGGUCCGUUGCCACAUACAUUUGAAGAUUUCUGGGAAAUGGUUUUUCAGUAUAGAUGCCCCGCAAUUGUGAUGCUGACACGGUUGGUUGACAAUUACAAGAUGGUGAAAUGUGGUGAUUAUUUUCAAUCCGAGGAUGGUCCUAGGGAAUUUGGUAACAUUUCCAUUGUUACAAAAUGGACAAAGACGACCGAGAGCUCAUUAGUGUUGCGUCAGUUGGAAGUGAACAAAGCAGAGUCAGAAGAUCCAGCACUGUCUGUUUUACACAUUCAGUAUCCAGAGUGGCCAGAUCAUGGUGUACCCAGGGACUCCGUUGCUGUUCGAGAGAUUUUCAAAAGAACGUAUCAUCUACCACCUGGUGUAGGCCCCAUAGUGGUGCACUGCAGUGCUGGAAUUGGCCGUACCGGAACAUACUGCAUCAUACAUGAUGCAAUCCAAAGAAUUCUUGCUGGAGACAUGUCUGCUUUAGAUUUUGUCAAUACUCUCAAAGUUUUCAGAUCCCAGAGAGUCGGAAUGGUUCAAACACUGGAUCAAUAUUUUUACUGCUACAAGGUUGUGAUUGAUGAAUUGGAGGAGCUCAUCUCAACGUAUAAACCCGAGAAAAGUGCUUGAUGGUAUACGUUACUAACUCAUCCCGUUCUCAUAAUCUGUAAUAAACGUUUGGUUCAUGCCAUACAUAUUUUGAGUAAAUACUGUAAAUUAGAGUUAUUGCCGAUUCUGUAGAAACGGGUUUUGGGCUGCGAUUAUGUAGUUUCGUUGCUGCAGCAAAAGCUGAGUAGUGACUUUUCAAGGAAUACAGAAAGAUAGAAUGAUAAAUUCUGUAAUUAGCAGGGCCUUAUUAGUUAUUACUGCUCUGCUCCUCAUUUCUGGUUUCCGGUUCUUCGUAUAUACUAAUGGAAUAUUCAUAUUUGAAAACGAAUGCGCAUCUGAAAAUUUAGGUUCAGUUUUAUCGUUGGUGUGGACUCAA